AUGAGUACCUCAUAUUUAGAUUUUGAUGUAGACGUGGAUUGGUUAUACAAAGGUAGUAAAAAAAAUAAAAAUAAGCCACAGACAGCAUUAGCAGUAUCGCAAAAGGAUGGCACCGCCAGUAAGAGCACUGUUAUUACAGAUGGUACAGAUCUACCGAGUGUAAAUAGCACCAGAAAUAAUAGUAGAAAAAAUAGCAAUGAUUCCUUACCUAGUAAUACUCAAUUGAAAAGUUCCAAAUCGCAUGAGAUCCUAAAUACUGAAGGUAUUAAUUUGAAUAAAUUAUCUAGGACAUUAAGUAACAGUAGUGCUAAUGCUAGAGGCACUUUUAGUGCUAAUACUACCAAAAGAAAUAGAUCAAAGUCAUUUUCUUUAGGUGUAGCAAAAAGAGAGCAACAAAAACAGUAUGCACCAGUUUCAGCGGCAACCUCACUAAUUAGCAAUGUAAAACUUAAAAAAACCGCUUCUACUAAUGCCAAACAAACAACACAACCUGUAACGAAGAAAUCAUUCUUUAGUUCAUUAUUUGGUAAAUCCUCAAGUAGCAACAACUCUAUACCACCACCUAACAAUUCAGUACCCUUAUCUAGCAAUAACUCUUUAGAAAGUCUACCAUCAAUGAAUAAGAUCAGGAGCAGAUCUAGAUCAUCUUCCAAUGUUUCCGCGUCUUCUAUCCCAAUAAAUUUAAAUGCUAAUGCUCCUGUUAUUAAUAAUAUCUCCGAUAUUUUAGAGGAUUCCUUUCAUGAAACUAAUUCAGAAAAUUCAGAAAAUAGUAUAAAAAGAGCCGACAAAGAGUUGAAAAAAAUUAAUUUGAAGAGAAUAAGAUUUGCAGUAGAUAAAUUUGGAAUGGAUCCACCUCAACAAAUUCCAUGUAGAAAACCUAAAGUUGGAGAUGUACUUAUACCUAGUGACUUAUUAACCCCCACACCCAGCAUCAAUGUAGGUAUAACGGGCACCAAAAAUAAUGGAGCUACUGCAAAUGUUGCUUUGACUAAAGAUUCGAAGGAAUAUAAAAGAAUGAUGGAUGAUUAUAAUAAAUUGUUGAAGGAAGCUGACAGACAUCAGGAAGAAGCACACUUUGCUGCCCAACGAAUAGCUGAUGAAGUUUCAAAUUAUACUAUUUCUGCCACAGUAGAUGAAGGUAGUGCUAAUACUAAAAGAAGGGACAAUUCAGCUACAACUGCUGUCCCAGAAGCACAGUUCAAUCAUUCUAAUUUAGAGAAUAUAGAAAUUGAUAAACCUAUUCAUUUGCAUCACAGUUUUAAUAAUGAUGAAGGCCAAGAUGCGCAUGAGUUGGAAGUCCUGACUUUGGAUCAAAUCUAUACAAGAUGUUGUCACUUAAGGGAAAUUUUGCCCAUUGCCACCACUCUAAAACAAUUGAAAAAAAAACAAGCCCCAUUACAUGUUUUAAAAUUUUUAAAUCCGAGACCCACUUUGAUUGAUAUCUUAUCAUUUUGUGAUUUCAUUUCAAUUGUGCCGAUACAUAAUAUUGUUUUUGAUAAUGUUAGUUUGACUCCAGAGAUGUUUCAAAUUUUGCUUUCUAGCCUGGCAAACUCCACUCAUCUGGAAAAGCUAUCUAUUAGAAACGUAGUUAUUGAUCCUGAUAUGGGUUGGAAACAAUUAUGUAAGUUUUUACUGGUCAACAAGUCAUUGGUUAAGUUGGAUAUUUCGCAAACUAAAAUAAGAACGGAUUUAGAUCCUAAAUUUUAUCGUGCUAAUAUGGACUGGGAUUUAUUUUGCGGUUGUGUCUUGGCUAGAAGUUUGUCGUUUGAUGAAUUAUUAAUCAAUGGUGUCAAUUUUAAUGCCAGGUUGAAAAAAGAUGGCUUGACUGUUUUCAAUAAUAUAUUGAAUUGUUUUGGUGCCACCAGUCCUGGCAACAACCAAAAUAAGAGCAAGAAAAAGAUUGGUCUUGCGCAAACCAAUUUGAGUAUUCAGCAAUUAGACAUUUUAAUCCCUUGGGCUAGUCAAUGCAGUAUUUCGGGGGUUGAUAUAUCCUAUAAUACCUUGAAUAAUUCAAUGGUUAAAACUAUAUCUUCUAAUCUAUUAAGUCACUCAUUUGAAGGAUUAAAUUAUAUUACAUUAAAUUCUACUGGUUUAUCUUCAGGGAAAGCAGCUGCAUUGUUAUUAAAAACUUUUUCUAAGUUGCCGAAGAUCUAUUUUUUAGAUUUAUCCAAUAACUCGCAAAUUUUUCCGGAAGUUUUGCCAUAUUUAGAUAAAUAUCUACCACGGUUCCCCUGCUUGAAAAGGCUUCAUUUGGACAACAACGAUUUUGAUUUUAAGACUUUAUCAUUUGUUUGCAACGUUUUAGUUAAAUGUGAUAAUCUAUUACAUAUUUCAAUUGUAGAUCAACCUCUUCCCUCCUUGAUUAAUUUUAUUGGUGGUAUCGCUGUGAUUUAUGAUAUGGUUAAAAGUUCUAAAAAGUUAAUUAAUUUGGACAUUAAUUAUGACGCAUUGCCUGACGAGAUAUCAUCACGUAUAGCCCUAUUUUUAUUAAAAAACACAAGGAAGAGUAUGGAUACAAAUAGUACUGCUACUAGUAUCAGUGAUGAUAACGCUAAUCCUUUGGAUAAUCAAGAUGAAUUACUAUUUAAUGGGCAGUUGAUAACAGAGACCGCAGAAUCUAUUUUUGAAUCAAUUAAUCAAAAUAAUGCCAAUGCUGUUGGUAAUGGCGUGUCAACUAAUAAAGAUAGCAGUAAGACUGAUGCUGGCUCGAAGGUUGGUAGGUCUGCAACGACAGACGAUUCUACCAAAAAAUAUUUACUUAGAAAAUACUAUGAUAAGAUUUGUCAAGAGCUAGAUAGCGUUCAAAAAACAAUUGAUGCUCUCUUUGAAAAAAGAAUGACUCAAGAAUUGCCAAUGAAAGAAAAGGAGAAUUUAUUAAGAUUAAUUUUUUUAGAAAGGACAUUACAUAAAAUCAUUGAUAUUUUGACGACUUCUCCUGAAUUUAGCGGAUUGAAAUUACCACCAGUGGACUCGCAUACUUCUUAUUCUUUUGCUAGUGAUUCGCCUAAUAAUAACAAUAAUACUUAUGGAAAUAUUAAUUCCAAUGCCAAUAACACGUUUAACGGUGCUGACCACACCUCAACCAAUGUUUCGGAUGAAAGAAGUGGAUCUACUUUAUCUUCCAAUAGUGAUUUUGAUAAUGUUGGUAACUAUGGUAAUAGCUUUGGUUUACCUAAAAGGGGAGCUACUACGGAUGUCAAUAGUAACGACGAAUCUUUGACUGUUUCAACUGAUAGUAAUGAUACUAAUGCCAAUGGUAGCAAAAAUGUUACCACUAGACCACACCUAAUUACUACAGAAUCAGGUAGAACAGUGGAUAUUUAUACAGGUAGACCCGUUUUGGUUAGACACUCUUCAGAUUCUUCAUCAAUAAACAAAAAAUUGGAACAAGAGGAAGGUGAGUUUCACAAAUGGGGUGUAUUUGUUCAGCAGCAAAAUUCUAUUUAUCCAGAGUAUGUAACAUCGUCCACCUUAAGAGCAAGAUCUGAGUCUCCUUCUUCUAGAUUUCCACCGGGUAUAACGCCUCCUAGUGUUGAUAGGAAUAAUCGACAAAGCCGGAAUGCUGAUAGGUCCACCACUGCAGUUGAUGUAGGCAAAACUAAACAGCCAUCAUUGAAGUUAAACACUAGCAAUACUAGUAAGAGUAAUAGUGGUGCUACUUCUGCUAGCAGUACAACCAGCACUACUUCGUCAUUUGGAGUAUUAAGCCCCGCAACUCCAGCCUCAGGUAAUAGAAUUAUUGACAAGAUUCCAAGUGGAAAUGAACUAAGAGAAGCAUUGAUCAAAGCCAAGGGAAUUAAUUCCAUCCAAGAUUUGAUUACUAAAGUAAAUUCCAAUAGGGUCAACUUGGAUAGUAUUUAUGGUGUGCAUUAUGAUUUAUCUAACAAAAAUAUGAACCCUGAUGCUGGAAAAGUAGAACAAAGUUCUAAAGCUUCUGUUAAUGUUAUAAGCAGCAAUGAUAAAAAUAUCAAAACGAAUUCACCUUCUGUACCAUCAACUAACCCCAAACUUUCAUCAUCGUCAUCAUCAUUGUCACCUGUUGCUAAAAGCGGUAGUUCCAGGACCGACAUAAGUAGUAGUGAUAGUAAUGUUUCCGUUAUGAGCAAUAGCAUGGUUUCUGGUGCUGCUGCCACAGAUAAUCCUUUUAAGGGCAUGGGCCACACUAAUAUUGAUCCGAACAUUAAUAACAAAACUAUUGCUGCUGAUGAUAAGAAUAAUAGUAAUAGUAUACCUGUUCGAGAUUUAAGUGAUAAGGAGGUUGCUGCCGCUUAUAAUAAAUUGUUAAACAACUUGAGUAUUGAGAGGGUUAGUAAAUAG